CAAAUUGAAAACGGGUGUGCUGAAGCAAUCACUAGUGCCACAAUAAAGUGGAACUUCAAUCCUCCCGGAGCACCGCAUAUGGGCGGAAUUUGGGAGAGGAUGGUGAGGUCGGUGAAGGAGGCAAUGCUAGUGUUGAACGACGGGAGGAGACUAACCGACGAAGUACUAUUGACUACCUUAAGUGAAGCUGAAGACAUGAUCAAUACACGUCCCUUGACGUAUAGAUCACUGGAACCAACGGAUGUUGAAGCCAUAACUCCCAAUCAUUUCUUGCGUGGGGUGGUCCGCGCGGCAGACCUCAAUACGAGCGGCCCAACGAAGAUGGCAGAAGCGUUGAGGAACAUGUACAAGCGGUCACAGUACUUGGCAGAUCGCAUGUGGGAGCGGUGGUAUAAAGAGUACCUGCCCACCAUUAAUCAACGCACUAAGUGGUACGACGAUUCCAAGGCUCUUCAAGUGGGUGACCUCGUAUUCGUAGUAGAUGGCAGAAAUCGAAAGAAUUGGACAAGGGGAGUCAUCGAAGAAGUGUUCGCUGGAAAAGACGGGAAGAUCAGACAGGCUAACGUGAGGACAGCUGGGGGAGUGUUUCGACGAGCAACGGCAAACUUAGCGGUGUUGGAAAUACAGGACGGUAAUUCCGAAUCCUCGGAAGAACCGGAUACGGAGUUACGGGCUGGGGAACUGUCAACACCACUGGGUAAUAUCGAGGGGUGAGUGAGAGUUGUCAGAAGUGACAGGCUAUUUGUCAGAUAUGUGUCAGGCGAGAAAGAACAUGAAGAUAAAAAAAAUGUAAAACAAUAACAAAUUAAAAGUUGAAAUUAAAACGUGGAUUUAUUAAAGUUAAAAUUAAUCAUUCUUGCUGUAGCUGUAAAUUUAAAAGGAAAUUAUUGAAAUUUAAACGUAUGAACCUAUUGAUCGCACAUGAGAUUAUUGGAAAUAAGCGGAAUAUUUCGAAAUCAAUAUUUGAAAAAUUAAAAUAAUAUAAAACCGGAUUAUAUUGUGUAAAACGUAAGUAAAGAGAUACAGUUAGUUGAUUAAAUCUAACAGAGAAAUUUAGUAC